GAGAGAGAGAGAGAGAGGGAGAGAGCGAGGGAGCGAGAGAGAGAGAGAGAGCGAGAGAGGGAGAGCAGAGAGAGUGAUUGAAUGGGACAGAUUGUGAGGUGUGAGAAAAAGCGAGUGAGUGAGGCAGAGAGAGAGAGAGAGAGAGAGGAUCAGAGACAGAGAGGAACAGAGGACAACAACACAGCAACAGUGGAGGGAGAGCAGGCUUAGCAGCAUAGAAAAAACACCAAUAAAAACACUAUUCAACGCUACAUUGGAUUGGAUCCACACUGGACAACCUAUGUGUGUGUGUGUGUGUGUGAGUCAGCCUGGUUGUGACAGUGUGUGAGAGUGUCUGUGUGUGUGUGAAUGUGUGUGUGAGAAACAGAGAGCAGUUGUGUGUAUGAGAGAGGUAAUCCGAAAGAACAUGCGUGUGAGAGACAACCUGUGACUGUGUGUGAGGAAGGGGUUUGUUGUGUGUGUGUGUGUGUGUGUGUGUUGUAGACUGUACCGGACUAUGAGUUGUGCAAUGCAAUGCAGUAUUACUUCUGAAGAGAGGAGACACUGAAGAGCGAACACUGCAGGGAUACUUGUGCAGCUGCUCUUGUGUCAGACACACCACUGUAGCGGACAGCGUUAGAGCCCACGGCUGGAGAGGACAGGACCUCUUGCUUGGAUAAUACCGUAGGGAUUGUACCAUUUUGGGAAGAUCACAGAGGUGGCAUAGACAAUACUAUACAGGUAGAUUGUACCACUGGGACGACGGGGUGAUUGUGUGUUUUCAGGAUGAAUCUGGACCCUGUUCAGGUGAUGAAGGGGCAGUCUAACCCAAAGGACCCCACGGCUGCCCCUGUAACUGCCUCGUCAAAUGGAGAUGGCAAAGGAGCCUGGGAAGAGAAAGAGGAGUUUGACCAAGACCACCUGGGUCUCACCACAAAACCCCUACUGCCCAAGCCUGAGAAUGCCGUGACCAUUGCGGUGUCGUCCCGGGUCCUGUUCCGUACUGAGACGGAGCAGAAGGUGUAUGAGCAGAAGGGGGUAGAGGAGUACCUAAGGUAUCAGGUGGAGCACGAGAACGAACCCUUCGCCCCAGGACCAGCCUUCUCCUUCGUCAAGGCGUUGGAGGCGGUGAAUGCCCGUCUGAGAGAACUGUACCCAGAGAGUGAAGAACUGUUUGACAUCGUCCUGGUAACCUAUAACCACGCCCAUGUAGGAGUCAGACUCAUCAAUACCAUCAACCAUCACAAUCUGUUCAUUGAGAGGUUCUGUAUGACGGGAGGCAGUUCACCUAUUGGCUACCUAAAGGCGUGGCAGACCAACCUGUACCUGUCUGCCGAUGCGGAGAAGGUCAGGGAGGCGCUGUCUGAAGGCAUUGCUGCGGCCACCAUGUUCAUGUCCAAUAAGCUGACAGAGGUAUCGCAGACGCAGCUGAGAGUGGCCUUUGACGGGGACGCUGUCCUCUUCUCUGACGAAUCAGAACGCAUCUUCAAGGCCCAGGGCCUCGACGGGUUCUUCCAGCACGAGAGAGACAACGAGGACAUUCUACUGGACCGUGGCCCUCUUAAGGACUUCCUAGCGUCCCUUGGUAAACUCCAGAAGAAGUUCUAUGCUAAGGGUCACCGUCUGGACUGUCCCAUUCGUACCUACCUGGUGACGGCCCGCAGCGCAGCCAGCUCAGGGAUCCGUGCCCUGAAGACCUUGAGAGCCUGGGGCCUGGAGACGGACGAGGCUCUGUUCCUGGCCGGGGCACCCAAGGGCCCGAUGCUGGAGAAGAUUAGGCCCCACAUCUACUUCGAUGACCAGAUGUUCCAUGUGGAAGGGGCGGCGGAGAUGGGCACGGUCGCGGCUCACGUACCCUACGGGAUCGCUCAGAAGCACCCACAUAAGAAGAGCCUGAACACAGGGAAGUAGAUAGCGGAAGGAGAGAAUAAGUAAAAGAUUGAAGAAACUAAGAGAGAAGAAGAGACCUGAGAUUAAAUACUUUUAGAGAGGGAGAUAUAGAGUCAUAUGGAACAUCUGAUCUUCCCCAGGUCAUUGUCACAAACAAGAAAAGGGUUAUUUUCAGUCAGUAAGCUUCGUAAAAACUAAGGUAGAUCAAUUAAAAAUGAAGACAAUGAAGAAAGUCUGUAAAGUUUUGGUAUUGAAAUACUCCUAAUAGACAAUAAUUUUAUAUGUGUUGAUUACAGUAUGUGCUUUUCACCAGAUUUCAGAAGUGUUUGUGUUGUACAUAAGUGGGGUUGUUUCACCUCCUCAGCAUCCUGUGUGUGCAGCCGUUAUAAUCAUCCUUAGGAAUGUGUUAUCAUAAGCACUUUGGUUGGCCACGGGAGAGUUCUACAUACCUGAUAUAGAACCAGAGGAGAGUUCUACAUACCUGAUAUAGAACCAGAGGAGAGUUCUACAUACCUGAUACAGAACCAGAGGAGAGUUCUACAUACCUGAUACAGAACCAGAGGAGAGUUCUACAUACCUGAUAUAGAACCAGAGGAGAGUUCUACAUACCUGAUACAGGAACAGAGAGUUCUACAUACCUGAUAUAGAACCAGAGGAGAGUUACAUACCUGAUAUAGAACCAGAGGAGAGUUCUAAAUACCUGAUAUAGAACCAGAGGAGAGUUACAUACCUGAUAUAGAACCAGAGGAGAGUUCUACAUACCUGAUAUAGAACCCGAGGAGAGUUCUACAUACCUGAUAUAGAACCAGAGGAGAGCUCUACAUACCUGAUAUAGAACCAGAGGAGAGUUCUACAUACCUGAUAUAGAACCAGAGGAGAGUUACAUACCUGAUAUAGAACCAGAUGAGAGUUACAUACCUGAUAUAGAACCAGAGGAGAGUUCUACAUACCUGAUAUAGAACCAGAGGAGAGUUCUACAUACCUGAUAUAGAACCAGAGGAGAGUUCUACAUACCUGAUAUAGAACCAGAGGAGAGUUCUACAUACCUGAUAUAGAACCAGAGGAGAGUUCUACAUACCUGAUAUAUAACCAGAGGAGAGUUCUACAUACCUGAUAUAGAACCAGAGGAGAGUUCUACAUACCUGAUAUAGAACCAGAGGAGAGUUCUACAUACCUGAUAUAGAACCAGAGGAGAGUUCUACAUACCUGAUAUAGCCUGUCAACAACAAGCUUUACUUUCCCAUAUGACUUGAGCAAAUGCAUUCACUUGAACUGAACUUGUUUUAUUUUCUUCAACAUUUGUGGGAUGUAACAUGCAUCCUGUGCUAUUUUUAAUGGCCGAUCCAUGGCUGUGGUUGUAGCGAAGGGAAAAGGCUACAGGUGCUCCAGAACUCUCCACAGUCCGUCCUAAGAAGAAGAAGAAGACAGAGGUGAACUCUUGAUAGUAACCAGGAUGAUAUUUUACAAGAUGACGAAUGGCAUCUGGACUGCCUUAAAGGACCCUGGUGUCUGUGCUUCAAAACACAUGGAUGAGACUGACCGACUGAAAGACGUGGGAACACCUCAAAAGUGUUCCGGAAUUGGGAAUCGAUUCUAUUAUUUAUAGAAUCAAAAAAGCCAUGAUCCAGAAGCACAGAGGAAUGGGGUGAAAUAACUAUAUUUGACAGUUGCACGACAAGACAUACCUAUUAAUGAACAUAUGUAGCACACAUGGAAACAGUUACGCGAUGUAAUGUAUUAUUUAAUAGACCUUAUUUGUUCGUGUCGAAUUGUCUCACUGUGAAAAAAAAAAAGUAAUUAACUUCAAGAAUGAAGAGGUCACUUGCAUGCUAGUCAUCUUCCCCGAAGAUAACAAAUAACACAAUUGUAUUAUCUCACAAACGUCUUCUCCAAGUAACAAAGCCAUAAAUACCAACCAUAAUGUUUUUUUUUUUAAUCUCUGAGUUUCCAUUGGUGCCUUGGUUCUAACACAUGUAAAUGGUGUAUCACCUGUCUGUUCUGAGGGAACACUAGACGAUCAAUAAAGUUUUUACGAAUUCAA